AUGAAAUCAGAGGUGGAUAUAUAUUCAUCUGUAACACAGAAACAACUUGAAAAGAAAAACAAGUCCAAGGAUUUUCCCGAAUCGGUUAAAAAUGAAAAAAAGAGUAAGAAAGUGGUACAUGACUUGUUUGUUCAAGGAACAAAUGAUUCUUCUAUAGUCUCCAAAAGAUCAGUCGAGAUAUUGUAUGCUGACAAGGUAGAUGAGAACCCAAAACAUUUUUUCCAAUAUUUCGUCAAAAAGUCACCACGUCGUACACCCGUCAUCAAUAGAGGGUAUUGGAUUCGGAUGAAAUCUAUUCGUAUGGCAAUUGACAAAAUUGUAAAGCAACAACCGCAUGGCCAGAGAAUAAAUAUAAUUAACCUAGGUUGUGGUUAUGACCCACUACCGUUUCAAUUACUCGAUGAUGAAAAGAAUUAUGAUGUUAAAUUAUUCUGUAUUGAUGUUGAUUUCCCCGAGUUGAUUGGCUAUAAAUCCCAAAUGAUUCGCAUGGCACCGGAACUUACAUCUUUAAUUGGUGAAGAAUAUGACCAAAAAACUAAUGCACCAGGUGUCACAAUAAGGACUGAUAGAUAUGCUACUAUGGGAUGUGAUUUGACAGAUAAGAAGUUGUAUAUUCAGCAAUUAGACUCAUUUAUGGCCAAUGAUACUGCAACUACCAAUAUCUUCGUUGCAGAAGUCUCUCUAGCAUAUAUGACACCAACUACCGCAAAUCCUAUAAUUGAGACCUCAUCAAUGUUCAACAAUUCUCAUUUUCUUAUUUUAGAGCAACUCAUGCCUUCGGGGGAAAACCAUCCAUUUGCCAAACGGAUGAUCAAUCACUUUAAAAAAAUGGAGGCACCGUUACAGUGUGUACACACAUAUCCAACGAUUGAAGACCAAAUAUCAAGAUUCAAAUCUUUAGGAUACAAUGAAGUCAAUGCGAGAGAUUUAUUGGGUUGUUGGGAACUAGUUCCGCCAAAGUUAAGAAUCAGAGUUGAACAAGUGGAAGCAUUUGAUGAAUGGGAGGAGUUUAUAUUUUUUGGACAACAUUAUAUUAAUUUGCAUGCCACCAAUCAACGUGGAGUUGAAGUUUACCCAUUUCAAUAUAAGCCAUUAUAUCAGAACCUUUCCGUUACUAAUUCGAAGUAUUAUUUUGAAAUACAACAAGAAGUUCCUCAUAUUCAAAGAAAGUUCCAUUCCUGUUUUGAGCUAGGCGAAGCCAAGUUUCUAACCUCAGGUACAAACCAAGCCAGACUGGCAGAUACCGUUUCUCUGAUGAGUUGCGUUCACCCGGUGCACACUCCAAGCACCUUUAAAGCACGUGUAAGUGCUGCAAGCAUUACUGUUAAUAAUCGUGCCUUUUUGAUAGGUGGACGCAGAGUGCCUGGAAUGGGUAUAGAUGAAGUCUGGGAAUUUCUACAAAACGGUGAGAGAUAUGAAUGGAGGCAAAGAAAUCCCAUGAAUGAAGGGAGAGUCAAGCAUACUGUAACACAGUAUGAGGAUGGUGUAUUGGUAUAUGGUGGAUCCGAUGGCAACCAAUUUUCAUGGUACGAUAUCAAAUCUGAUGAAUGGAUUGCGUUGGAUGGUCAUAGUGAAUUUCAUGGCCUGGAGAGUGCAAAGUUGAUUAACUGUAAUAACGACAUAUUCCUUCUAGGCGGCAAGUAUCAUAUCUGUGACUCUGAAUCUCGCUUUGAGUUCAACUCUACCGUUUACAGGGUAGAAAUAGAUUUGAGGUGUAGGUCGUUCAGAUUGGAAAGUGUUAUGAAGCAUGAAACGUUAGCUAGGUAUGGAUUUGGUGUUUUCUGGACUGGUAGCCAGGUUCUACUUAUUGGAGGGGUCGGUAAAAAAUUGUACAACCAAAACGACACCAUUGUUGAACUCGAUCUUAAAAAGAGGACGGUCAGAUCAGUACCUCUUGAUGACAAAACAUGGGAACAAAAUUCGAUUAUUAUUGGUUCCGAUGUUGUAUCUGUUGAUAAACAGGCAUGGCUAGUAUGUGGUGGUGCUGUGUGUUACGGAUUUGGAUCGGUUUGGGGCAAGAUAAUGGGCAUAGGUAUUGGUGCUGAGCCUACUAAAAGACUCGAAGUCUAA